GCUAAGAGAAGACAAUAAACGUAGCUACCUCAUCUCCCUCUUCUUUUAUAUUUAUUUUUCCUCCACCUGUAGUUUCUCUCUUUUGUCCUCAAUAGGCGACGAUGGCCUCCUCCAUUUUCUCCGGUGUUAAGUUCUCUCCGAUCUUAGCUCCCGUUAAUUCUGGAGAUAGCCGCCGCUCUCGAUGUGUAAAAGAUAGAAAUAAAGUUAGGUUUAAUCCUGGGUCGCCGCGUCUCACUCCCAAUCGUGUUCGCGCCGAAGCUCAGUCUUCGAUUCCAUAUACUGGUCUUUGGGCACAGCCAACUGCGAACAGGGGACGUUUGAAAAGGAGCAUUGUUCUGGGACAACGAAACGCGAUUUUCAGAAAAGAAGCUACUGGGACAUCACUUUCUCAGGGACGCAAGUUCUGUUUUACCUGUAAAAGAAGUCAACCCGGAAUCAGAAGAUCAUUACCGAGUGCCUUUGUCGACAGAAGUUCAUUUAGUUUGUUGAGGUCUCGUUUGACCUCUUCUCUGAGAAAAAAUUCUCAGAUUCUAAAUGCAACUGUUGGACCAGAUGAGCCACAUGCUGCUGGAACAGCCUGGCCAGAUGGCAUCGUUGCGGAGAGACAAGAUCUAGACUUAUUGCCCCCUGAGAUAGAUACUACAGAGCUAGAAGCAUUUCUUGGUUGUGAACUUCCUUCUCAUCCCAAGUUGCACCGGGGGCAAUUGAAAAAUGGACUUCGUUAUCUUAUUUUGCCGAACAAAGUUCCACCAAACAGAUUUGAGGCACACAUGGAAGUUCAUGUAGGAUCGAUUGAUGAGGAAGACGAUGAGCAAGGGAUUGCUCAUAUGAUAGAACAUGUUGCAUUCCUUGGGAGCAAGAAACGUGAGAAACUUCUUGGUACAGGUGCCCGCUCUAAUGCAUACACAGAUUUCCACCAUACAGUAUUUCAUAUUCACUCUCCCACCCACACAAAGGACUCUGAGGACGACCUUUUCCCGUCUGUGCUCGAUGCCUUGAAUGAGAUAGCUUUCCACCCAAAAUUCUUAUCUUCUCGAGUUGAGAAGGAAAGGCGGGCCAUACUUUCAGAACUUCAGAUGAUGAAUACAAUUGAGUAUCGUGUUGACUGCCAGUUGUUACAACAUUUACAUUCUGAGAACAAGCUGGGUAGAAGGUUCCCUAUUGGAUUGGAAGAGCAGAUUAAGAAGUGGGAUGUUGACAAAAUUAGGAAAUUUCAUGAGCGAUGGUACUUCCCAGCCAAUGCCACUCUAUAUAUUGUGGGAGACAUCAACAACAUACCUCAGAUAGUCAACAAUAUUGAAGCUGUGUUUGGAAAAACUGGUUUGGAUAAUGAAUCAACACCCUCUCCUACUCCUGGUGCCUUCGGUGCCAUGGCUAAUUUUCUCGUUCCGAAGCUGCCAGCUGGUCUUGGUGGAACCUUUUCAAAUGAGAGAACAAAUACUGCUGAUCAAUCUAAGAUGAUUAAAAGAGAAAGACAUGCAAUUCGUCCCCCGGUUGAGCAUAAUUGGUCGCUUCCUGGAACCAGUAUUGAUCUAAAGCCUCCGCAGAUAUUUAAGCAUGAGCUUCUUCAAAAUUUUGCAAUCAAUAUGUUCUGCAAGAUACCUGUUAGCAAGGUUCAGACAUUUGGAGACCUGCGAAAUGUUCUGAUGAAAAGAAUAUUUCUCUCUGCUCUACAUUUUCGAAUUAAUACGAGAUACAAGAGUUCAAACCCGCCAUUUACAUCAGUUGAAUUGGACCAUAGUGAUUCGGGAAGGGAAGGAUGCACUGUUACCACUCUUACUGUCACCGCAGAGCCCAAAAAUUGGCAAAAUGCAGUGAAAGUUGCUGUCCAAGAGGUUCGAAGACUUAAAGAAUUUGGUGUCACCAGGGGUGAACUUACACGUUACAUGGAUGCUCUUCUAAAAGAUAGUGAACAUCUUGCGGCUAUGAUUGAUAAUGUGUCGUCUGUUGAUAACCUGGAUUUUAUCAUGGAAAGUGAUGCACUAGGCCACACUGUUAUGGAUCAGACGCAAGGACAUGAGACCUUGGUUGCUGUAGCUGGAACUGUUACGCUUGAAGAGGUAAACACUGUUGGCGCCAAGGUGCUAGAGUUUAUUUCUGAUUUUGGAAGGCCCACUGCACCUCUUCCUGCAGCAAUAGUUGCUUGUGUUCCCACAAAGGUGCACGUUGAUGGGGUUGGUGAGAGUGACUUUAAUAUAACUCCUGCUGAAAUAAUAGAUUCUGUCAAAUCAGGAUUAUUAGCACCCAUUGAAGCUGAGCCUGAGCUCGAGGUGCCAAAAGAAUUGAUCUCUCAAUCACAGUUGGAAGAGUUAACCUUGCAACGAAAUCCAUGUUUUGUCCCUAUUCCUGGGUCAAGCGUAACCAAGUUGCAUGACAAAGUGACUGGGAUCACUCAGCUUCGCUUAUCCAAUGGUAUACCUGUAAAUUACAAGAUAUCAACAACCGAAUCUCGGGCAGGUGUCAUGCGGCUUAUUGUUGGUGGUGGACGAGCUGCAGAAACUUCUGAUUCCAAAGGAGCUGUGGUUGUUGGUGUUCGUACACUCAGUGAGGGUGGUCGAGUUGGAGACUUUUCAAGGGAGCAGGUGGAGCUUUUCUGUGUAAAUCAUUUGAUAAACUGCUCGUUGGAGUCAACUGAGGAGUUCAUUGCCAUGGAAUUCCGAUUUACUCUGAGAGACAAUGGAAUGCAACUAGAAACUGUGAAAGAAGCGGUCAUGAGUCAUUUUGUUGGGGAAAAUAUGGAGGUAAGCAUUGUGGGGGACUUUUCAGAGGAGGAAAUUGAGCGUUGCAUCCUUGAUUACCUCGGUACAGUUAAAGCCAGCCAUGAUUCUGCAAAACUACCAGGAUCAGAGCCUAUUGUGUUUCGCCAACCAACAGCUGGCUUGCAAUUUCAACAGGUAUUCUUGAAGGAUACUGAUGAGAGAGCAUGUGCAUACAUUGCUGGACCAGCGCCAAAUCGAUGGGGCUUUACAGUUGACGGGGAUGACCUUUUUCAGUCUGUUAGCAAACUUACUGUUGCUCAUGAUGGACUUUCGAAAUCGGAGGAACAGUUGCUAGAAGGCGGAGACAGGGAGUUGCAAAAGAAGCUUCGUGCCCACCCUCUUUUCUUUGGAAUUACAAUGGGUCUUCUGGCAGAAAUCAUAAACUCAAGGCUUUUCACCACAGUAAGAGAUUCUCUUGGACUGACAUAUGACGUAUCGUUUGAGCUAAACCUAUUUGAUAGGCUGAAUCUCGGGUGGUAUGUAGUAUCUGUGACUUCAACUCCCGGCAAGGUAUACAAAGCGGUUGAUGCCUGUAAGAGCGUUCUUAGAGGAUUGCAUAGCAACCAAAUUGCCCCUAGGGAGUUGGAUAGGGCAAAGCGAACUCUUCUUAUGAGACAUGAAGCUGAACUCAAAUCCAAUGCAUAUUGGCUUAAUCUAUUAGCUCACUUGCAGGCCUCCUCUGUUCCGAGGAAGGAACUGUCAUGCAUUAAAGAACUUACUUCAUUGUAUGAAGCUGCUUCGAUCGAGGACAUAUACCUCGCUUAUAAUCAAUUAAGAGUGGACGAGGAUUCUCUGUACUCCUGCAUUGGGAUAGCUGGGGCGCAGGCUGGUGAAGAGACAACUGUGCUAUCAGAAGAAGAAGAACCAGAAGAUGCUUUUUCAGGAGUUCUUCCUGUGGGACGAGGCUCAUCGAUGACCACAAGACCAACAACCUGAUCCACAUUUUGGCUUGUAAGAUAAUGUAGGUGAAGACAUGUGCCAUAUAUACGACAGAGAAUAAGCCAGAUAAAGUUCAUCAGAUUCGUUGUCACAAACAGCAGAGGCUUUGCUUUGGCAUAAGAGGUUUGUAUACUUCUUUGUGAUCACCAUCAAGGCUAAUAAGUGACCCAAUUAUCUGUAUUACUUAUCUCUUGUCUCCUUCAUAUUUAUAGAAAAGAAAAAAAGAAAGAAAGAUAGUGACAUAUGUAGACCCUUUGUUUUUUGGACUUGAUCGUUACUACUUCGGUGCAAAGUUUAUGCAGCUGUAAAUGGUGAUUUUGAGGAGUCUUUUUGCACCCAUGUUCAUCUAUCUGUAAAAUCAUUGGGAGGUGCUCA